UGUGACGCGUCAGUGUGUAUAAAACACAAGAGAAACACCAAACCUCUGGAAACUAUCAAGCAGUGGAACAGCUUCAGGACCUGAAAUCAUGGCAGCGAUACAGGGAAGUGCAAUCGCCAAACCUCAGUUUGGCCCAUGGCUCAUAGAGCAGGUGGAAAGUGGGAAAUAUGAGGGAUUGUGCAUGAUAGGCAAUGACACAUUUCGGAUCCCCUGGAAACACAACUCACGAAGAGACCUCGGGGACGACGAUGUUAAAAUAUUUAAGGCAUGGGCUGUGGUCAGUGGGAAGAUCAAAGAGCACCCUAACGACAAAGCGAAAUGGAAGACAAAUUUCCGCUGUGCGCUUUCUAGUCUAAAAAAUUUUGAGAUGUUAGAGGAUCACUCCAAAGAUCCGGUCGACCAACACAAGGUCUAUCGCAUCAUCCGUCCUCAAAAUCACCAAGAGGUUCAGAGUGUAGAGCCAGAUCAACUUCCUUUCAUUCCUCAUCUCUACAGUGUGUCUGAUGAAAUGGAGCAAGAAUUGCUCAGCCAGGUGGAGACAAUGGAUCUAAAUCAUCAUCACGCAGAAACCCAACCAUGGGAAACCUCUUCCCAACAAAUCAUUCCGACCACCUCGAGCAACUACUUUGAGACUCCCUACUCAGAUGUUCAGCCCUUUCAGAAUAACACCCCUGUCCCAGACCCACAACUCUACACUACAGUGCAGCAAAGUAACCUUCCAGGUCUCUGGGACCUGGAGAUCUCGAUCAACUACAGAAGAACAGAAGUUUUGAAAACUCGCCUGUGUUCGCCACUCAUUAAUUUCCACUACCAGUGCAACCCAUCUGAGCUGAGAGGAGUGCCAAUCUGCUUCCCAUCCACUGAGGGUCUGAUCGAUCAAAGACAGAUCCAGUUAACUAACCGCAUCCUGGACAGCAUUCAGAGAGGCCUGCAGCUGGAGGUAAACCAAUGUGGCAUCUUCGGCUUGCGUCAGGACCAGUGUAAUGUCUUUGUCAGCACCAGUGACCCGUCUGAGAUCCAGAACCCACAGCCCAGAAAACUGCAUCAGAACACCAGAGAGCUUCUACUCAGCUUUGAGAAGUACUUAAAAGAUCUGAAAGAUUUUACAGAGAACAAACGGGGAUCUCCAGAUUACACCAUCUACCUGUGUUUCGGAGAGAAGCUUCCAGAUGGAAGACCCCUGGAGAAGAAACUUAUUACUGUCAAAGUUGUGCCUCUGAUCUGCCGUGUAUUUCAUGAGAAAGCUCAAAUGGAUGGAGCAUCCUCUCUUCACAGUGAAAACAUUAGCUUGCAGAUCUCCCACAACAGCCUUUAUGACCUUAUAAAUUCUUUGGGUUUGCCUUCAGUGGCCUAAUGCAGCUUUUUUCAACAUGAAAUCAGCCAGCUUACAUUCCUUAUCACACAUAUAUAGAGAGAGAAUUACAUUUUGUUACUGUUAUACUUAAGCACAAUGCAAACUGAGAGAAUUGUCCCGAGGUGAUUUCCAUGGGGCUUUCAAAAGUCUUGUAAUUGCUCUGUAAUUGCUGGUCACUCUAGUUUAAUAGCGAUCUCACUGAAACUGUAUUGUUUAAAUGACCUGAAACAUUGUCUUUUUAUUUCCUAAUGAGAGCUAGAACCUCAUUUUAAUACCCUGUCUUCUAGUGAAGAAUCUUUCACCUUUCGCCCAAAGGGCUGCACUUGUAUCGCUCCUUGUCUAUCGCUUUCUGAAUGUGAUAUCUGGUAUCAUUAAAUGUACUAUUAUUUAAAAACUACUGUUUGUUUGUUAUGGGUGCCAUCUUAUUAAAUGAUGCUGAAGCCAAUACCUAAAGAUGGACUGUGUAUAAAAAUGUUAUGCAUAUAAAACAUAAUAAACAUAUACAAUAUGA